CUUUGUCGUUAAGCCUCACUAUUGGUUGAAUUUGAUAUACACAUUCAGACGCACUUACCCCUGGAGGCGUCCCCAAAGUGUCACCGCACUGACGCAGCGCGAGUUCCCUUGAAAGGGAACUGUAACAAUGUAUCUUAAAAGAUAACACGAUGUAACCUUGCUCUCACUUAAAUGUGUUCCCACAUUUAGUCCUUGAAUUUGAAGUUAACUAAGGUGUGGGAACCCUGUAUAUAGGUUAAGGAGAUUCUGCAGAUGCUGCUAGUGCUCAAGUGGAAGGGGAGUUUACCCUAAAUACUUGACACUUCAGCUUAUACUUUUAUACUGUUUUUAAUACUACAUACAAGUUUCCUGUAUUUUCUGGUUGUGUUCUAAUAAAGAGACUGAGAUAUAAUUAUAUAUGAUCACUAUAACAUUGCAAAAACAAGUAAUCUUAUUAUGGCAUGGUGGCCUAAGACUUUUGCACAGUACUGUAUAUGCUUAAUCUUUCUCACUUUCACACUUUGUUUGAGAUAAAAUAUAUUUUUAACCACCUAAAAUCCAAAGGGGUCAUUCAUUAAACGGCACCUAUACUGUACAACGAAAGUUUCAAUUUACACGACAGACCAGAGAAGCUAAUAAGGGCUCAGAGGCCUGUCAAGAGUCAAGAGCCCCGUUGCACCCCACCCUCCAUCUUCCCUCUCUCUCAUUGCUGGAAUGAGUGCACUUUCCGAUUGCUCCUCCCCAUGCACUCACACAAACACACACACACACACACACACUAAAUGACAUCACCACACAUCUGUUGUCCCAACAGGCAUUCAUCACAUGGGCAACAAAACGACAAGCCUCUCUUUUCUACCCAUCUCUCAACCUUUUUAUCUCACGUUCACUCUCCAUCUUUCGACCUGUGUCUGCACAUGCUGUAGUCUAAACUCCUGUCAGUUUCUGAUUCAUCCUAGAUAUACAGUCACAUGCAUUGGAAAAAUAGUAAAUAGCUACCAUUGGUAGAAACCAUUGCAUACAGACCCCCUUAGCUGGGUUACAGCUAAUACAGUGAGGCGGAGGCUGUUGUUAUAAAGUAUACGAUUGUCUUUUCGAGAAUACAAUAAUUCAGUGUUUGCAUUCUUUUGUAGUUAUUAACAAAAAAUGGCAAUAACUUCAUACUUCCAUUGCACUUUAAGUCAUACCGAAUGUCCCUAUAAUCCUGUAAGUGCAACGUUUGUACAUGUUUUGCAAAACCUAAAUAAAAAAAUAUAUAAUCAUAUUACAAGACACUGUCACAUUUAUGGACAGUAAAUGGGUUUUAACAGCCCAUGCAAUAUGAUUUUUGGUAUAAGGAAUGCUUUGGGUCUGACCCUAACAGUCCUGAUUCAGCUUUAAUCGACAGUGGAUAAGUUUAUACUUGAGAGGGCGGGAAACAAGAUGGCGGGUGCAGUGAGGUACAGAUCCCAUUUGGGGCAGCAGCACAGUUCUUAAUCUUCUGCAGGAUAGGCUGUCAUGUAGAGCCCCCUUGUGGAGGCUUAAACCAACUGCUCUGACAGGCGUAAAGGGAGCUGGGAAGGUUACGCAUAUGCUAAACCUGACAUGGGGAGGUUAUUUUGAUGGAGGGACAGAUAGGGUGGAUAUCCUUACACCAGUGAGGGGUGAAAGCCUGGUCAGAACAUUGGGGGAUCACUUUUGUGGAGCUCUGUCUCCCUCUAUUGGAAAGACUGAAUAUUGCACUUUUUAAAAGCAACCUCGCGUAAACGUAAGAUUUUAUUCAUUUUUCACUUUUCAUUUAUUUCUACAAGCAUGUUGCAGCAUUGUUAUUAAUAAAUGUGCAACUCAUUAUGUUUCUGCACAUCAAUUUCAAAGAUGUGCACAGUCUAUAAUAUAAUAUAGCGUUUGGACAGUUUUAGGAUUAUUAGCAUGUGGUAGAAUGUCAUGUGGGUCUUUUUAAAUAUUAAAUUACACUGUCACUGCUUGCAUGUCUCCAGCUGUUUCUGUGUCUGUUUGUGGGUAGCUGUACCAGCAUCUGUUUUAUGUUUCGAGUGGGAGGGAGAGAAAAAGAAUCAAUUCUGGAAGAACUUAUAGGAAAUAUGUGAUUUACACAGACAUUUAUAUAAGCAAUACAAUAAUGCAAGUAUGCAGUUUAAUUUCUUCGUAUUUGAUCGCAUCUAUUUGCAAAAUAUAUAGACAGUAAUUGAGAGGACAUGUUCCUAAAAAAAAUCCCCAGAGCUGGUGAAAGAAAAUUGCAUCCAUAUGUACAGAGCAUCAUAAUCGUGAACAAAUCAAACUAUGAUUUACCAGCUUGUUGGACUCGUACUGUAGAUGUCACAGGGUGCAUAUUCAGAAACUAACUGCAGAUGAAGAACUAAAGCCAAUAGCAUUGAUGGAGGGGUGGGGGGUUAUUCACGACCACUUUCCAUUCAGUGUAGCAUAGAACAAGAGUACUAAACAAGCUGGCUUAUCUGCAAAUGGGUCAUAGACAAAAUGCAAUGAGACAAGAUAUUCCCUCCAGACUUUUAGGAAAAUUUUCCUGUUUUUCCCCUCUGCGAUUGCAAAGAUGUAAAAGAAUCCAUUUUGUGUACCUUCCAAAGAAUAAGAGGCGAGCACAGCUAAAAAAAAAUGCAGUUUUGGCUGGAGAGCUCUGUGGUCAGAAACACUAACAAAGCCAUUUGAUGGGAUUUUCCCCUUUUUGCAUUUCUCUCCAUCUUUCAGCCUGACCGAAUAUCAUCUAUUAUUAUAUAUUAGUAGUUUUAUAAUAGCAUUAAGUCAGAUUAUUUACAGCCUCAAGUAACACUUUAUUUUAGAGUCUUACUAUAGUAAUUAUAAUAAUAAAUCAUGCAUAAUUGGCCCCAAAACAAACCCUAACAUUAUAGUAAGUACAAUACAUGCAAUUAAUAUUACCUGGUACUUACACAGUAACAAUGACUCCUUAAAAUAAAGUGCAACCCAGCAUAAAGGAAACAAAACUUUUCUUUACAACUAAGAAUCGCAAACAAAGAAUCAGCCUUAACCACCCAACUAUAAUGACAGCCAUCACAAUGCCAGUAGACAAAUACAAAGUUAUCAACUAGAAUUUGUUUCAUUGCAAUAGCCUAUUUUUCCAAGUAAACCCUGUACUCCCCUGCAACUAUUAUAUCCAAACAGAAUCAGAAAUUGUGCACUUUGAUCUCUGCACUACUGAGGGACACCGGCUCAUAAACACGUUCAUCCUUUGAAGCUUUAUGAUGUUGUACAACUACGUCUCCACCUUCUGCCCUGUCCAAGCUGCCGUGCCUUAGGGCAAACAAGCUGCUGUUUGCAUAGAGCAUCUUUACGAGUGACAGUAAAUUUGUUUGCACGUUGGCCUGCUUAGACUGCAGGGAAUUUAUUCAUGCAUCCCAAAACAAGUGCAUAUGAUUUAACAUGUCCUCUAUUUGUUUCUUUGCCUGUUUUUAACACAGGGCCGAGUGCGGGUACAUCUCUAAAGUGCAUAACACAUGACAGCAUAGCACACUUCCAACUUUUGCCACUAGAGGGAGCUGUAAUUCAGUAAAGCGUAUAGAUGCGCAUCUAAAGUUUUAUUUAUGGAUGUAAAUAAAUAGACAACUUUUAUUUGCAAGGUCUUACUUGAAAAACCGUGCACUGUGAAAAUGAUAAAUGAUUAAAUGGCACGAGAUGCAUUGCAAUGUGCUUUUAGUUGCAUACGUGAUGCUUCUGUAUUUUCCAGAGGAUUUUUUAGUUUAGUUUGCAAAUUGUAUUGGUGACCCAUGCCUGCCUUUAAAAGUGAUGAUAGAAGUUGCAUGCAUCAUUUACAGAGAGGAAUUAUGGUUUGCCCACAUGCAACACUUUAUAGAUUCUUGGCAUUUACUUCAUUUACAAUCUAUUAAAAAACGUUUUUGCGCACCUGACCCAGACAAGACUACUUAAUAAAUGUUGCUAUUAUUAAGCGUUUAUAAAACGUUACAAAAAGUUAAACAAAUCACGUCCGUUUCUCACCAACCUCGAUACAUAACGCAAAAAAGGCGGAGAUGUCACUCAAGCGUGCCCGUAAAGGUGGGCGGACUGGAGUGUCCCCCCUCUGCCAAUGGCAAAGCGCAGACACAAGACCCAAAAUCCCUAAAAUCACCCAUCAGUCUGUGAAUCAGCCCGUAUCGCGCAUGCAGGAGAUGACGGAUCGUGUCCCCGCGCCCGCAGCUCACGCACGGUCCGCGGCGCGCCGAGCAGCAGCGUGAACGCCACGAGGAGACUUCAGCGCGCGCUGGGAAUUUACUCGCUCAUUCGCUUUCUCUUCAAUGUCACCAUGCGCAGCAUCUCAUCCUGCGGUGCACUGCUUUCCAUCUACUACCCCCAGAUCUUCCUCAUCCUCACCAGCGGCAGCUACCUGGCUCUGUCUUCAGUGGUGGCUUUGGGUGCGAACAUCAUCUGCAACAAGAUUCCCGGACUGGCUCCCCGACAGCGUGCCAUCUGUCAGAGCCGCCCAGAUGCCAUCAUCAUCAUCGGGGAGGGCGCUCAGUUGGGCAUCAACGAGUGCCAGUAUCAGUUUCGCUAUGGGCGAUGGAACUGCUCUGCCCUUGGCGAGAGGACGGUCUUUGGGCAAGAGCUGAGAGUAGGCAGCAAGGAGGCUGCGUUUACCUACGCCAUCACCGCUGCUGGUGUCGCCCAUGCUGUGACAGCAGCCUGCAGUCAGGGCAACAUGAGCCACUGUGGCUGCGACAGAGAAAAGCAGGGCUAUCAUGACCAGGAAGAGGGCUGGAAAUGGGGCGGCUGUUCAGCGGACGUCAAAUACGGAGUGGAGUUCUCCAGGCGCUUUGUGGACGCCCGAGAGAUUAAAAAAAAUGCUAGAAGAUUGAUGAACCUGCACAACAAUGAGGCUGGCAGAAAGGUUCUAGAAGAAAGCAUGAAGCUGGAAUGUAAAUGCCACGGUGUUUCCGGCUCAUGCACCACAAAGACCUGCUGGACAACUCUGCCGAAAUUUCGGGAGAUAGGUUACGUGCUGAAGGAGCGCUACGCCUCCGCUGUGGAGGUGGAGGCCGUGCGAGCCACGCGUUUUCGACAGCCCUCUUUCCUGCGGCUAAAGCAGUCUCGCGGUUACAUAAAGCCCACGGACACGGACUUGGUGUAUUUGGAGCGCUCGCCCAACUACUGCGAAGAGGACGCUUCGACGGGGAGCCCAGGAACUCGGGGACGCCUCUGUAACCAUACGUCCCCUCACGCGGAUGGCUGCAACCUGAUGUGCUGCGGCCGUGGCCACGACACCCACCAGUACACGCGGGUGUGGCAAUGCAACUGCAAAUUCCAGUGGUGCUGCUUCGUCAAAUGCAACACCUGCAGCGAAAACACAGAGGUUUUCACCUGCAAAUGAGCAAGACAAGGAGUCGAUGGAAAUAGCAAGAUGGAAGUGUUGAUCUACAGGGUCGCAUUUCUACACGGCUUCACUUUGCACAUCAGGCAGUCUUUACGCGUGCAGAAGAUGCCGGAACUUCAGAGGAAAAUGCACUGACCGCAGUCUGGGUUGUAUUAUAUGAUUACAUGCAUAUAUGCGGACGCUACAAAUGCAGCGCACGGACUUUAUAGUUCUCAGAUUCUCGAAUACUUAAGGAAGGCCGCUAUUGAGGGUACUGACUAAAAUUUCUGAGCCCCUAUGGGAGUUCAAGAGGAAAGACGUGCUGCAUAAACUCUGGAAAUGCUGGAAAGCUUUGUUCAGUCACACUGUAUUUGUUUGAACACUGAAAAGAACAGACUUUUCCUUCUCUUUGGAGAAAAAUGCUAACAACUGUACUGUAAAAGUCCUCUGUAUUGUA